GAUGUUACCCUACUUGAUGUUACUGCUGCUAGCGUGGAGAAGGUAAUCUUGGAAGGGAGGUACCCCUGCAAUUCCUUCGUACACAGUAAAAAUUAAAAAAGUAAUUGAGUUGUGGACAAUAACAAAUUUAUGAAUGAAUACGUGGUUAGAAAAACCGGAACGACACUUUUAUGAGUUUUUAUCGAUAGAAUAAAAGUGUAACUUUAUAAUGUCUGCAUUAAGGAGGGCACAGCAAUGGGCCACAUUUACCAGAACUUGGCAUCUCUAUGACGCUACCUGGCAAAACCCGUUCAACAGCGCAGAAGUUAUAAAAAAAUAUCUAAUGGGACUUCAUAAACCUAUAUAUCAUCCUAUGAAUGACUGUGGAGACCAUGUGGUUGUUAUAAAUACUAGAGAUAUAGCAUUAAGAGGAGAUGAAUGGCGAAAACGAGUGUAUUUCCAUCACACUGGAUAUCCUGGGGGUGCUUCGUGGACACUCGCUUGGGAGUUACAUAACAAAAAUCCCGUAUUGGUCCUUAAAAAGGCGGUGUAUACUUCCAUGGUAGGCAACUUACAACGGAGACACACAAUGCAACGUUUGCACCUAUUUCCAGACAGCAAAGUCCCGGAAGAAAUUUUAGGCAAUAUCAGCAAUCAGAUAAAACAAUUGAGACCUGUUCCAAAACGAUUGGAUCAUAUGUCACCAGAAGAAGUUGAACAAUUUCCUAAAAUUAUGGAUUAUCCCACAGAUUAUGUUGUGCGAUAAGUUGGCUAAUGACAUAUGCAAGUUAGGAGAUGCUAGGAUGACAAAAAGGUAAUGUAGCUUGAAGUUCAUAGCAGGUAUCAUAUGCCUUUAAAGGUCUAUGGAAAGAUCUCCUGAAUUUAAACCAAGUCAAACUUUUAGUGUUAUGCAUCUGUAUAUAGACUCAUGAAAAUAAAUUUAAACAGAUAAAAUUA